CGGAAACAGUAGAUGUUUCCGCGCCAAAAAAGAAAAACAAGGAAGUGUCUCUCAGGUUUUCGUGACAUGUGACUGCAUAACAACAACAUCUGUACGGGCUCUGCGCUGACCUGUGACGCUGCUUUUGGUGGAAGUCGAAUGAUGAACAAGUUGUCCUGCGGGUGCAAUUAAAAAGUUGCAUUGAAGCACAAAGAAGAUGAAGAAGUGGGGAGACCGACUGAAGAAGGUUGAGCAGCUCGCUCAGUCGUUCCACCUCAAUCCUCUGGCAUCGCCAUACAAACCUCGACUGUGGCCGUGCCAGCCUUCCUCCGUCUGGAAGCUCUUCCCUCGUCAAAGCAUGGCUAUCGGCUUCGCUCAGAGCUGCAGAGAGGCUGUGCAUGUUUUUGCACUUGAAAAAGAAAAGGCAGGCCUGGGUCAAAGGAUCUACCUGGUUACGAGUUACAGUGAGCUGUGGCAUUACUACAGGACUUACACACAGUCCUUGAUGCACUGCUAUGAGGUGAUACCAGAGGGCGCUGUUUGUAAACUUUACUUUGACUUGGAGUUCCACAAGCCCUCCAACAGAGGAGCCGAUGGGAAAACUAUGGUGUCUUCACUUAUCCAGUAUGUUUGCGACAAGCUGCUGGAAGUUUACGGGAUUAAAUGCACCUCAAAAAACGUCCUCAACCUUGACUCCAGCACAGAAGAGAAGUUCAGUCGGCAUCUCAUCUUCAAUCUCCAAAAUGCAGCUUUCAAAGACAACAUACACGUGGGAAGGUUUAUCCAUGAAAUUCUUCAACCCAUCCUGAGCACAUCCAAAAGUGUUGGGAUGGCAGAGACACGGGGGGAGGCAGCAAAAGCAGGUGAAAUGUCUGAGAGUCCACAGACCAAGAGGCGCAAACAGGAAGACGCAGACCUCAGGUUUCUGCAGGUGAAAAAAAAGGAUGGCCAAGACAGUCUCUUUGUUGAUCUUGGUGUUUACACCAAGAACAGAAAUUUCCGUCUUUACAAGUCAUCAAAAGUCGGAAAGAACGCUGCAUUCACGGUGGCAGACGACAACGAGUUUACUGCCAAACCUGAGAAGGGAAUUUCUGCAGAGGAAAGUGUAUUCUUGGCUUCCUUAGUCUGUAAUUUGAGUUUCACAGGUCAGAGGAUUCUUACAUGGGACGUCCCAGAAACGAAAGAAGCCAAAACCUCGAGGCCUCACUGCCAGCAGGGAUCAGCCACAAACACAGAGACACUUUCUGGUUGCCUGUUGUCCCCUCAUCAAGAAGUGGACAACUUUGUAUUAACGCUGGUUGAAAAGGAUGGAAUACGUGGAAGCAUCAGACGAUGGAACUACUUUGCUUCUGAGCAACUUCUUGUCUACGACAUUGCAAAAUACCGCUGGUGUGAGAACGUCAAAAGGUUUCAUAAAAGCAACAACAUCAUGAUCGUCGUGGAUCUCAAAGAAGAAGCGUGGUACCAGAAGUGUCAUGAUCCUGAAUGCAGGAACUUCAGGUCCUCAAGUUACCCACUGCCCCAGGAGAUCUGCGUCAGCUACAUCAUGACGCUGGAUGAUGAAGACCAGGCUUACUUAAUGGACGAUGCUGGCAACAUUGAACCCAGCCAGGCUCCAGCACAGAGCAGAGCGCGUCCAGGGGAGGAUUCUGUUGAUGCGUGGGGAGACGGACAGGAUGACCAGGACUACUUAGAGAGUCUGGACGACUUUGAGCAAAACAACGAGGAGAUUCCUGAUCGGCUUCUGCUCACGUGCAUGGCGGAUUUUGAUUCCAAGUAACGGUAAAAAGUCCGGAUCGGGUACGACUAUCCCGACCAGGCAUGCCUGGAAAAAUACAACAAGGAUUAACAGGAAGAUCAGCGCCAAACUAGAAACUGUACUGUGUAUUAUGAAGGAUAUAUGAAUUAGUUACCUG